AUGCUGCUCGUUUUUUCCUUCGUUUAUUCAUUCGCCUUUCUAUUUAUUCUCCUUUUUCCGCUCGUAAAUUCCGCUCCAUUUUUAGGAGGAGGAGGGGGGGGGCAAAUUAAUAUUUUCUCCUUUUUCCGUUCCUUUCAUACUCCACUCCACCACCACCACCACCGUCGCCGCACCAUCAAUCCCACUGUUGAUUCUUCUUUAUCACAACAAAUUCUCGGAUAUCCUUUUCUAUUAAAUCCCUUUUUCUCAAUUCUCUCUCUUCCUUCUCACCCUACUCUUAAUAAUCGUCAUGAUCAUCAUCGUUCUUGCCAUUUUCUUGUUCUUUCUUCGAAAUAUUACCUUUUUUCUAUAAUUUUCUUAAAUUUUGGGGUUUUUAGUCAUAUGAAUUUUUCCUCUCUCUCUCUCUCUCUCUCUCUCUCCCUCCUCUCUCUCUCUCCCUCUUCUCUCUCUCUCUCUCCCUCUUCUCUCUCUCUCUCAGCAAACGGAUAUUUUCCGAUUCUUACUUUUAAGUUUACUCCCAUUAUUUGCAUUGUCUUUCUUUUUUCCUUUACUCAAUGA